UCUUCAGCUUACAAAAUGGCUGCUACCCAAAGAUUUGAGAACACCAACUAAAAUGUUUUGCUAAUAAAAAUUGAAUUGUGUUGCACAUUCUAAAUUCAAAUGAUUGAAAAAAACAAUUGAUUGACAGUUUGACGUGAACAAAAUGGCGGGUUUUAGUGUUGUGUGCUAAAAAGGGAUUGUGGAUUUAACAGUGUUGACAGAUAGAUCGAAUUAAUAAAGAUGUGCUAUGACUACAUAAUUUUGAGAUAGAAACGUAUUUCUUGAUUGAUAUCAUCCAAAUUAAAUACUGCCUAAAAGAAUCGUUAAUCAUAGACAAUGAUAUGGAAAAGAUUAACCGAAAAUGUAAUGAAGAAUUGUUUCUGGGUGAUGGAAUAACUAGAUUCUUUACUUCGUAAGAUGGAUUUCUGUCUUUACCUCUCAAUAAGGUUAACUAGACGAUGUUGUAAAAUCUCUAUUGUCCUUAUAUUCUUCACUGGUCGCCACGUAUUGGGAAUACUGAACACAUGAAGACGAACAUGGACAAGAGUUUGAAGAAAAAGAACCAUUCGAAUGGGAAGUACAAGAAAAAUGGCAAAUCUGAGAAUUACAGGAUCGACGAGGACGUCAUUACGACGUGUUGUCUAUGUGUUAAGACCAAAAAAAGUAAAAAGAAAAGUUUUAUCGCUGGGUGUGUGACGAACCUUGGUAUCUUCACACUACUCCUUGCUUACACUUUGGUUGGUGCUUUCAUUUUCUUGGCCAUUGAAGGGGGAGCGGCCAAGAUUCACCAGAAAACUCUAGCCACUACAUCGUACCAAGCUACUGAAAACCAGAAGUCAGUACCCCUGUCAAAAUUAAAUGGGACUAUCAGUCAGGCCAGUCAGGAAUUGAGGUCUCAGACAGUGGAAAGUAUUUGGGAGAUAACGGUGUCUUUAAACAUAUUGUAUAAAGAGAACUGGACGAGGCUAGCUGCUCAGGAGAUCGCCAGGUUCCAGGAGAAGUUGGUGGCAAGAGUGGCAGCUGAUGUGUCAGCUCAGUAUGGAGGGGCGAGGGCUUUGGAGUCAGCUCCUGCGUUGGUGGUUGAUGAUUAUGAGUGGAACUUCGCUAAGGCGUUUCUAUAUUCUUUGACUGUUCUCACUACUAUAGGUUACGGCAGCGUGGCACCAAGAACAGCUCUUGGAAAGGCAGUGACAAUAGGGUACGCAGUAAUAGGCAUACCUCUAACACUCCUCUAUCUCUCUGUAGUAGGAGCCCUGCUAUCACGACUAGCCAGAAGUGUAUUCAGCAGGGCUCUAUGCUGCUGUCUAUGCACGAAAUGCGGGUACUGCUGUCUCGAUGAACGCACUAUGACUAGCAAAGAAAGAAAGGAAAAAGUCCGAAGACAAGAUGAUUAUAGACAUCAGACUUUACAUCUACAAGAGCCAUAUUAUGUCAGGUCUCCUUCAGGUACAAUAAUAUCUGCGUCCCAAGCUCACAGUGUAAGCACAAAUUCAAUCAAAGAUAAAACUCAAGGUUUGAGCUUCCUAAGAGACUGUGACUCCAUGAGCUGUACUGACACAGACUCCAAAGUAUCCCUUCGAGGUUUUUCAAUCCUAGCUCCAAUUUCUUUAUGUUUGGCCGCCAUUUUUACAUACAUUUUCUUUGGAGCUUUAGUGUUGUAUCAAUUGGAGGGCUGGAGUCCAAUAGACGGGGUUUAUUUCUGCUUCAUGAGUCUAAGUACGAUUGGUUUUGGACAUUUAGCUCCCGGAGCUACUCAGAAGAAUGGUGCGUCGUCAGGUACAGUUUGGUUUUGCUCAAUAUACAUCAUGACUGGUCUCGCUCUCACUGCCAUGUGUUUCAAUGUUCUCCACGACGAGAUUGUUCAUAGACUACGACAUCACGAGAAGGUGCUGAAAGCUAACAACCAGAAGGUUUUGACAUCAGAGUUUCUUCAUAGAUCUUGACGAGACGAAAGCGGGAACCUGACUGAUGAAACAGUGAUUCAUUCAGAUGGGGAAUCUUUGCCAGAGGUUUUGCACCAUGUUUCAAAUGCUCGGUUUGAAGGAGGGGCCGUGAGGAGGUCUGUGUAUACUCUCAAGGAGGUAAAGGAACCAGAGAGAGUGACUCCCAUGUAGGUACACGUUUUUCAUUCCCAAAACUGUAGUACUGUUUGAUUUGAUCACACGUAGAAAUGACGGAUUUGAUGAACAGUCUCAACCAAAACUUAUGUAAAGAAAUGACUGACCUUAUGUGUUAAUUAUUUUACUUAGUUGAGUAAAAAUAAUAUAGGAAUUAUUAUAGGACAGUAAACUUGUGUUUGAAAUAGAAGUAAGUUAUUACUAAGUAAUUAUGGAAGCGUAAAACUAGUCCUAAGGUUUAUUGAUUACUGAAAAAUGAAAGGUUUUUUGUACGUAGACAUUAUACAUUAGGGAGUUUGAAUUUAUUUAUUGUAUUGUUGUAACAAAUAGUUUUAUGGAAAUAUGCCAAAUUAUAUUGUACAACAUAUAAUACUGAUAGUUUGUAUAUCUAAUGCGUAUCAUAUAAAGGUAAUUAUAUGAGCCAGUUGUUAAACGACUGUUUGAUUCCUCAAGGCAGCCUCGGGUUGAGCAGAAUGGUUCGCUAAUAGAGAUUAGAUUUCUUUUUUCGAGGCAUUGAGGCUGUUUUUGAACGUGAAUUUCUCUCAUGUCGAGGCAGCCUCGAAAAGAGCAACUGUUCUAAUAUAAUUUUGAAAUUAAAUGAGGCAGUUUUUUUUAGUUUCAUUUUUUUAUUAUUUACUUAAAAAUUAAAAUGUCCUUUGCCAGGAGUAAAAAUAGAAGUGUUAAUUAUAAAAUUGUGAGAUAAAUAAUGUCAAUAUUAAUUUGUGAAAUUGUAUGGAAAAUGUAAAAAU